AUUUUAUUUUCCUACAAACUGAAAAGGUAAAAUGUUGACCAAUUAAUGAUGUAAUUGGUGAGCCAUCAUUGACUGUGUAAAACCAUUAAGGAGAAAGCUUCAAUCUCCAACAACGCGGUUUCCAUAUUGUAUAUGGUUUUUGACAUGAUGCAUAGGGUGCCUUCAAAAUGAAAAUUCCUCCCAUUUCUUAACAAAUCCAAUCUGUCGUUGAAGUUUGGGGUUGUUAGAAUCUUCAAUUCUUUGUCUCUCUCAUUGAAGGAAACCCAAGGCAGAGAUUUGUUUUCCAUUGGCUUUAAAAGAAAAAAAAGAUAAGAGAAAUGUGUCCUAUGAGGUUCUUGUUGGUGUUUUUCUCAGCAGUUUUAGCAGGGUAUGUAGCGUGGAGGACGGCACGUUCAUCAUCUGAGAUCGACGACGACAUAGUUUCUGAGGAUUCCGAGAAGAUGGUUGCCAAAGAUAAACAAGAAUUCAGUUUCAAAAGGAUGGCUCAGAAUGGAUUCUGGGUAUUUGUUGACAUGGCUAGUGGGAGGUAUUUGUGGAGGAAUCUGAAGGAACUGAAGAAUGAUGAAAAAGUCAAGAGCUGUUAACAGUUUUGACAUAUUGUACAAGUAUGUCAAACUAGUUUUUUUCUUCUUCUUUUCUUGUUUCGAUUACUGUACCACAUGAACAUGUGAAUUCUUUCUUGUUCUUUUCAGAUAGAGGAA